GCAGCGGUAGCUUAGCAUGCUAUCUUUAGCAGCUUUUCUUCUGAGUUGACCGCUUCAUUCAUCAUCAUGUUCUGUUUGAACUGCGCUUCUGUUGUUGAUCUUGUUUUAUUGUGCUAACGGGGAACCAUCUGGGUAAAGCUGUUUAUGACGCCCCGCAGGUUAGCAGCGCUGCUAGCGGCUGUGAUUUAAAGCCUGGUUCUGUUGGAGCUCCGCAGGUUCGGACCCAGUCGGCAUGUCCAGUGACCUGGCUGGUGUGUGGGAGGUCGCCCUGAGCGACGGAGUCCACAGGAUCGAGUUCGAACAUGGGACGACCACCGGGAAAAGAGUGAUCAGUGUGGACGGAAAGGAGGUUCUGAGGCGGAACUGGAUGUUUAAACUCGUGGGGAAGGAGACCUUCAGUGUGGGCCAAUCAGAGACCAAAGCCACCAUCAACAUCGAUGCGGUCAGCGGCUUCGCCUACGAAUACACGUUGGAGAUCAAUGGGAAGAGCUUGAAGCAGUUCAUGGAGAACAGGUCGAAGGUCGCCAGCACCUGGCUGCUCAACCUGGACGGCAUCGACUGCAGAGUGGUUCUGGAGAAAGGCACCAUGGAUGUUUGGUGUAACGGGGAGAAGAUUGAAACCGCUGGGGAGUUCGUGGACAACGGCACAGAGACGCAUUUCUCUCUGGGAGACCACAACUGCUGCGUGAAAGCCGUGAGCAGCGGGAAGAGACGAGACGGCAUCAUCCACACCCUGCUGGUGGACGGGACAGAGAUCGCUGAAUGCACCGAGUGACGGCCGCCGCGUGGCGAUGUUUCUCCUGACUGGUUUCAUCAGGAGGCAGACUGUAAACAUUUAGUAGGAAAUGAGCGGAAGGCUUGUGACGUCGACACUGUGCAGAUAAAACAGCCUUUCAGUCUGUAGAGACGAGACAAGAGCUGCAGUCAGCAGCUAGAAACCUCAUUCUUUAACAGAAUAAAUUAAUUUUUGUCCUAAAAGUGUAAUUUAUAAUUUAGAACUACUUGCAACGUCCUGUUGGUCUUCAGCCUCUGAUCAUGUGUUGAUGGAAACAAACACCCCCAUCUGCUGUAGUUUUAAUGUUCGGGGUUUUUUAUGUAACCAGGUUUCUUUGAAUAUUUCCUUCUGCCUGUUUUCUUUUCUUUGUGUAUCAAACCUGUUGUUUCAGGUUUGUUGUUUCAAUAAGCUCCUGUAAUGAGGCUCUGUGAUCUCCUGCUGAUCUCUGCAGAUGUCUUAGACAAUCCUGCUUCUAGUUAGCCGAUGCUAACUAUAGAAAACUACAUGUAGAGCUGCUAUAAUUGUUCUUGUUAGUCUGUGGAGACUUCCUGUUUGUCCUUAGAGAACUGUGAAAUGUAUCUGGGCUGUUCAGAGUUUUAGUACAUUUUCUGUAAAUUUGUUGGAAAAGCUUCUGUAUUGUCAGUUUCUACAUUUUUAUGUCGUGAUCCUUUACAGUAAAAAAAUUUUGGAAGAGA